CAGCUAACCGGCGAGCUAACGUCUCCAGCCCCCCGGGGAGAAACCUUCCUCCUCGGGUGAGAGCUCCGCAGACACGCGGACAUAAAGGACACGAGUCCUCGGAUCUGUUUUUUAAAAUGACCGAGUCCCACCGAGCUUCAGUCUGGAUGCUAACCGGUGCUAACCCCUCCAUUUCCGCAUUGUCAGAACGCCCUGCUUCGUGCUCGAGCUUGUCAGCAACAAUGAACGUGUCCCAUGAAGUUGAGCUGCUGGUGCAGGAGAUUCAGCGACUCGGCAGUAAAAAUGAUCUUGGUCAAACUAUCGUGAAGUUCGGCGUGUUGUUCAGCGACGACCGCUGUGCCAAUAUCUUCGAAGCGUUGGUGGGCACGCUAAGAGCUGCCAAGAAGAAGAAGAUUGUCAGCUACGAAGGCGAGCUGCUCCUGCAGGGCGUUCACGACCAAGUCGAAAUUGUCCUGCUCUAAGAAUGAGAUGGAAAUCUGGACCAGGCGCUUUUCUCCAGCAACUGUGGGUCUCACUGAAUCCUUCCAAAUUCUGAGCUUCUGUUUCGAGUCAUCCUCCUCCAUGUAUAAGGCUCAAUAUUUGAACUCAAAACGCACAGAUUAGACCGAACAGUAUGCAAUGUAUAACAGACCCAGCUGCCAGGUCGGCAUAAGAUUUAAUUGUGCCAAUUUUGAGAAUAUUUUAUGGUUUUCAUGGGCUGACCAGCAGCCACAUUCAUAGUUUAAGAUGACAAAGUAGUGUUUCUCUCUUUCUCAGGCGCUGCCAUGUCAUCAACCACGGGUCUGUGAUGUCAUUUUGAUAUGCUUUCUAGUCUAUAAACGCACAACUUGGGAAUGUUAUAGUUUU